CUGAUAGACGGCACUGACUGGCAUCACUGCUGGGCACUGACUGGCGGCACUGACUGGCACAACCCCUGGGCACUGACUGGUGGCACUGACUGGCAUCACUGGUGGUGGCACUGGUGGGUGGCACUGGUGUGUGACACUGCAGAGUGGCACAGGUGGGUGCACUGCUGGGCACAGGUGGACGGAGCUUGCGGGUGGCACUGCUCGGCACCGAUCAUCAGGGCACUGAUCAUCAGUGCCCUGAUGAUCGGUGCCGAUCCCCGCUCUGACAACUGCCGGUUCUCGGCAGUACUUUCCUCACGAUCUGACAGUGUGAGGAAAGUGCAGCCGAGAACCGGCACUUGC